UCAAAGCAGAGCAAUUUAAAAAAAACGCGUGUGUUUAGAGAGAGAGAGAGAGUAUCAUUUUCUUACCAAAAAAGAGAGAGAGAGAGAGAGAGAGAGAGCGUUGAAGCUAUAUAUCGGCGGAGAGAGAGAGAGAGAGAGAGCGUUGAAGCUAUAUAUUGGCGGCUCCUCUCUUUCUUCGUCAGGGAGAUUCGGACGGAGAUACCUACAGCAUUUCCCUCCGACAUGCCGUUAUUCACCAAUUCUUCCACCUGCUUCACCGCCGUUAACUCGUCGCAUCGGAAUUCAACGUUUCUCUCCAAUUCACACAAAGCUACUACAACACCUCGCAUUCUUCGCUUCCCUCAGAAUGAGGAUUUCAACGUAUCUCGAUUUGAUCUUAGUCACUCCAGAAGUGAAGUUAAAGAUAGGACGAUAUCAAUGGCGUUAGUACACGAUACGGUUGGACAUCAGGAAGAUGUUGCUAGCUCUUCUAGCAUUUUGGCAUAUGAUUUGGUUCAAGGGGCACUUGUGAAGUGGAGUUCUGUUAUGGACAGAUCUCUACCUGAAACACCAACAGCUGUCUUUCUGCACGGUAUCCUUGGGUGUAGGAAAAACUGGGGUACUUUUGCAAAAAGAUUGGCAAGAGAGUUUCCUAUGUGGCAGUUUCUUUUAGUAGAUUUGCGAUGUCAUGGCGAUUCAGCGUCAAUCAAGAAGAGAGAUCCCCAUACUGUUGCCUCUGCUGCUCUUGAUGUUUUGAAACUGGUCCGGGAACUAAGAAUAACACCUCGUGUGUUAGUUGGUCAUAGUUUUGGGGGAAAAGUUGUUUUGAGCAUGGUGGACCAAGCUGCAAAACCUCUUGCUAGACCGGCUUGGAUUCUGGAUGCAACUCCUGGAAAAGUUCGAGCAGGUGGAGAUGGAGAGGACCACCCAGCGGAACUCAUAUCCCUAUUAAGUACACUGCCAAAGGAGGUCUCUUCAAAGAAGGAUAUUCUCAAAGCUCUUAUUCAACAAGGAUUUUCCAAUGAUGUAGCACAGUGGGUUGUGACCAACCUAAGACCUACCAGCUCUUCCAGUUCAUGCUUUUCAUGGGUGUUUGAUCUCAAGGGGAUAUCAGAAAUGUAUCAAUCCUAUGAAGAAACAAAUUUGUGGAAAAUUGUUGAAGAUGUACCUCGUGGUGUGCAUAUAAACUUUUUGAAAGCAGAGAGAAGCCUACACAGAUGGGCCCUCGAAGAUCUUCAGCGAAUCCAUGUUGCGGAGGAGAUUGCUUCUGAGGAAGGAGGUGGAGUUGAAAUGCACGUCCUUGAAGACGCUGGCCACUGGGUACAUGCUGAUAACCCAGACGGACUCUUCAGGAUACUGUCAUCCUCUUUCCAAGGAAGCAGGACGUGACUUUACUAAUUAUGUAAUUUCUAUUUUGUUCUGGGUACAAUUGCCAUCACAGCUUGAUAUAUAAUCAUAAAUGUUAAUUAUUUUUUCCUUCCAUUUUCUCGUUUUUUCUCCUGUUAUGUUAUAGCUUCUGUAUAUACUAUUAUUUUUUUGCUCUCUUCUUGUGCAUCAUAUUUUGAGAGUACUCUAUCAAUUUAAUCUCUCAAACACAAGUCAAGUAGUUGGUGCAUCA